AGCAAACCUUAUCAUUCAGACACAUCUCCCGAAAUAACGGAAUACAGCAACCAUUCAGCGAAGGACUUAUCUUCCCCACUCCUCACCACUCCAAGGGAAUCCCCACAUUUAAUUGAAGACUAAUUUGAUUAUCUGUUUGGAGAUUAAUCAAUCAUUUAAAUUGAUUGAUUGAUUAAUUACCUUUGGACCAAGCUUUUAAUAACGGAAUUUAGCAUAACGUUUUCCCUCUCGUUUUAUCGAGUCCUUACCGGGAUCCGUUAAACAUGCUGUUCACAGACGAAGACAUAUUCAUGUCGGAGUUCGAGGACGCGUGCAGCGCCUGGGUGGACAGUGUGAGCUCAAGCAGCGACGGUACAGACUCUGAUGUCGGAUCCCCAGCACAACAAGGUUGUGUGUUAUCCCCGGGGACCGACGGGUCUGACUCGGAUUUCUUCUCCGACCUGAAUGACUGUUCCUCAGACAGCCUGUCCCCUCCUCUUGCCUACACCGGGAGCUUCUACACGGAGGAGCCGUUACCGGGGACGGUGCCACCCUGCAGCACAGAAGCUCUGCUCAACAUGAUCACGGAGAUAGUUGGGAUCUGUAUGGUGGAGGACCAGGUGACCAGCGAGACUCCGUCUGCCUCCCUCCCCGCCUCUGUCACACCCUGCUCGGCCAUGAGCGUUGCCUCUCCCCCUCUUUACUCUCCCUCCAUGGACUCUGCCUCAAGCGAAAGCUGGAGCCAGGCUCUGACCGAGAUUCCUUCUCCUUCCGCCGGGGUGGACAUUCAGACUCCUCCCGCUGCCUCUGUGAUGGUCAAGAACGAGUUCAACAGCAACUGCGACGGCUGCGACAACGACCACCUCUCCCACCCCGGGCAGGAUGCCUUCUCCCCGGGCAGCUUGGAGCAGCUGUUCCCGCUGUCUGGUCAGUCUCUGGAUCACCAGGUAGAUGUAAAGGAGCUUCUGGACUCUCUGCUGCUGACUGACAUUAAGACAGAGUGUAUCAUCAAACAGGAGCCGUGCUACAUGGGAGACUGGGCUCAGAAUUACCCUGUACCUGUGAACGGGAGCUACGUCAACGAUGGCUGUCUGGUCAAACAGGAGCCUCUGGAGUUCCAGACUGGGGCCUCAGGGCCGCAGCAACUGGACACUUGCAGAGACCUGGCCGCCUUCACCGCCUCUCUCUCCUCCUCCUCCCUGGAUGCCCUCCUCUCCUCCCUGCUGCCCAGCGUGUUCCCGAGGAGCAGGGGCAUGCACGCCACCACUGGAGCAAGUAAAGCGACGACCCGCUCCAGUACCGGGGCCGCGAAGGUCAAACCGUUCCCGUGUCCAAUAAUCGGCUGUGAGAGGCGUUUCUCUCGCUCCGACGAGCUCAACCGCCACGUGCGCAUCCACACGGGCCACAAGCCGUUCCAGUGCGCAAUCUGCCUGCGCAGUUUCAGCAGGAGCGACCACCUGACCACGCACACGCGCACGCACACUGGGGAGAAACCUUUCUCUUGCGAGGUGUGCGGGAAGCGGUUCGCGCGCAGCGACGAGAGGAAGAGGCACGGGCGCGUGCACGUGAAGCAACAGCUGAAAGCUCAGAUGAUGGCGGCCUAUAACCUGGCCUUCCCCGGUGGAGUUUGAACUCUCUAAAGCUGGCUUCGCGGCCCUGAGUUUAAACCUGCUCUUUAGAAGGCUUCGGUUGGUUCUGCUGGCUUCGUUCGGUUGGUUCCGUCUGCCUGGUAACGUUGGCUGUUGGCCCCGGGGUUCAGUUGGAGGUGUUGACUUCAAAACGGGCCAUCGGUUGAAAAAUGGUGGAAAAGUUUCAACGGGAGAAAGAAAAUAAUCUCGUCUUGUCGGUUGGACAUGGAACGUGGAACUAUUUUAGGACGUCUGUACGCUGCCUUUGACAUUAUAUCUGUUUGACUACAUGUUGUGCUAAACAGGGGAAUUGAACAGAAACCCUGAAGAGAGGAUUAGUUGGUUUCAGCACCUCUGUGAGUAGACAGCUCCUUGUCUGUCAUUCCGAACAGACUGAAACAUACAGCAUUUGUUUUGUCACUCGGCAGUUCUGAUUGUAAACUGGUACAGUUUUCAGAGGGUUUUAUUUGUGCAACAUUGCAUGAUAUAGUUUUACAUUGAUGUGUUGAUGUAUAUUUUAUUAUAUAAAUCUCUAAUGUAGAAUGUAACUUUUCUCUACGUCGAAUCACAUUUCUAGCCUUGAUGUUGACCAUAUAAGCCUAUAUUUUAUCAUUCGAAAUAUAUAUUUGAAAUCUUCAUAACCAAAACAUUAUUUAUAUUCUAUUCUCUCAAUUGUAUUUUUCUACCUGUGUGUAUAUACACAUAUAUAUUUCUAUUUGAAACGUCCUCUUUCCUGUGAUAAACAUUCUCUAUAUUUUUUGGGGGAACUUCCCAUAAGAACGUUGAAAAGUCACAGAUGUAUUAUGACAUCACUUCUCUAACCGAUAGAUUGUAAGAGCUUGACACGGUUGUUCCCGGGUUAGGUGGCUCGUUGCUUCUCUCACACCGGUGGUUAAUAACGGUAAUUAAUAACAGGGGUCUUGGAGUUUGAUUGUACUUCUACAUUCAUACAAGACUCACCCGGGGAAAAAAAACAAUAUUCAACAUUGUAGUUGAUGAACCAAGUAGCACACAUUGCUGUGCGUUUACGUACAAUUAGUUCAACUGCUAAAACUCUUGUCUUGUUUGUUGAGGCAUGAAACGCAGAUCUGUUUCGGUUUUAAAUGGAAGACCUUGUGUUAUUUUGUUGCAUGAUGGUUAUGAAUUAAAAAACAGUGAAAUGACA